CGCAGCGGCGGCGUCUAGCUCCGGCAGCGCGGCAAGGCCCGCGACGGGGCCGCCACCGGAUUGGCGAAGGUUCUGCUCGCUAUUUGCUCCCUUCUUUUAUUUUUCACACUUGCAUUCCAUACCAAGCUUGCCGAGAUCGAUUUUUACUUCUUCUUUUUUUGAGCGGUAGGUCGAUUUUUAGUCCGUCCGUCCAACAAAAAAUGUCUCAAGUUUGUAAACAUCCAACAAAACAUUUGGAUGUAUCUAAACAUUCUAGUCAAAGUUGAGACAUGUCUGGUUGGACGGAGGGAGUAUUUUAUUUGGCGUUGAGCACAUGCGAGCAGGGGAAGUCUCGUGUCAUCUUCCAGCCAAAAGAACAAGAGUCUUCGCCGCCCCUCCUACUCGUCCUCAUCUUGACCCAGAGACCAGACCGGCCUUCUUAAAUCUCAAAUCUAAGCCAAAUUAGCACUAGCAUAAUGUUUUGCAGCCACCGCGUGGGGAAUCAAGCAGGAGUCUCCUAAUUUAGCCUUUUGCAGCCCACUAGUCGUGUCAUAAUCAUGGACUCUUCUUUGAAAUUUGAAUGGAAGUCCAGUGGUGUUAUUAUAACCAUCUUCCUCUUAAAAGAGGAAGUAGUGGCCGCCUAGCUGGUAGCCCGUGCUGAAUUCCUCGUAGUUUGUUUUAGACCAGGAAUUCCUCGUGGUUUCCUGCGGUAGGUGUAGAAUGUAGAUGAUAUAUUGGGUUGUUGGUUAUGUGAUGCUUGGUUGGUUAAGAGAAUGGAGCUUGGAAGGAAAGUCCAAGAACAUCAUCGGCUCUUUGUGUAGAUAGAGGUAGCUACAGUUGGAUUUAUGGAGAGGUUAGUGAGUAGGAGAGUUGUGCUCGUUGUGGGCCUUGUGGCUGUAGUCGCAUCAGUGCUGCUGCAGCCGUUGGGUGGGGCGGCAGCGGCACCAUCAACGGUUAACUGCAGCGCCAGCUGCGGUAGCAUCAGCAUCUCCUACCCAUUUGGGAUCGAGCCUGGCUGCUACCGCGAUGGCUUCAACCUCACCUGCGAUCAUGCGCACCAGCCACCCAAACUGUUCCUCGGUGAUGGCACCGUGGAGGUGCUCGAGAUCUCCAUUCGCAGCGGUACGGUGCGUGCCAACAGCAGUAGCAUCGUGCCAUUAUCGACAGCAGUAGCACUCGGCAAGGUCAACAGGACAGGUAAGUACCACACAUGGGGUGGCCUCAGACUGGGUGGCCCGUUCUUCGUCUCGCCGGACAAGAACAAGUUCCUGGUGCUGUCCUGCAGCAACGUCCAAGUCCUCCUCCUUGGAGAUGACAACAGCACUGUGAAUGCCUGCGCCACUUACUGCCCGCCGGCCCCUGGAAAAGGCCAGCCUUUUCAGUUCCCCUUGAACAAAGAGUGCUCCGGCAUUGGCUGCUGCAGUGCUGCCAUACCAAAAGGCUACACUUCCUACAGCAUCCAGGUCCAGCCCCCUGGCAAUGUUUCUGAGUUCGAUGCAGAUUCCUCUGUGUACAUAGCGGAGGAGGGUUCCUAUAAUGUCACACACCUGAUCUUCGAAACUGUAAAUUCUCUCCCAGUCUUGCUGGAUUGGGUGAUCAGCAAUUCAACAUGUGGCAAGGAGCUGCCUGGCACACCUGCAUCUGCGUGCCGCAGCCGCAGCAGCUUCUGUCAGAACUAUACAAGCUAUGCUCACAGUGGGUACCGGUGUCAAUGCUCUUCUGGCUAUCAAGGCAACCCUUACAUCGCCAAUGGAUGCCAAGAUAUUGACGAGUGUGCGCAAUUGGAACUCCAAUCAUGCUAUGGAACCUGCAUAAAUAUGCCUGGAACAUUUCGUUGCCAAUGCCCUGAUGGGACCUAUGGGAAUCACUUAUUGGAAGGAGGCUGCAUCAAGAUCAAGAGUUCCUCUCUAGGUUUAAGCAUAGGCCUAUUAGUCGGUGGUGGCUCAAUCCUUGCACUUCUGGCUUUUGGAGCCCCCUUCGUAACACGUAAGAUGAAGCAACAAAAGGUGAAAAGAAGAAAAGAGAAAUUCUUCAAGCAAAAUCAUGGAUUGCUGUUUCAGCAGUUAGUAUCACAAAAGGCAGAUAUGGGUGAAAGAAUGAUUGUCACCUUAGCAGAGCUAGAGAAGGCUACAAACAAUUUUGAUAGAACUCGUGAGGUUGGUGGUGGAGGACAUGGCAUUGUGUACAAAGGAAUUCUAAAUCUGCAAGUUGUAGCGAUCAAAAAGUCAAAGAUUGUCGUACAGAGAGAAAUUGAUGACUUUGUUAACGAGGUUGCAAUUCUUUCUCAAAUCAACCAUAGGAAUGUCGUGAAGCUAAUUGGAUGUUGUCUUGAGUCAGAAGUCCCAUUGUUGGCUUAUGAGUUCAUUCCAAAUGGAACUCUUGAGCAUCAUCUGCAUGUAGAAGGAGCAGUAUCACUUCCAUGGGAUGACCGACUAAGGAUUGCACUUGAGGUUGCUACAGCUCUAGCCUAUCUACAUUCAGCUGCUUCAAUGCCAGUCUAUCAUAGAGAUAUUAAGUCCGCAAACAUACUUCUUGAUGAACGCUUAACAGCAAAGGUAUCAGAUUUUGGGGCUUCAAAGUAUAUUCCUAUUGAUCAAACAGGGGUGACUACAGCCGUUCAAGGAACACUUGGCUACUUAGAUCCCAUGUACUAUUACACUGGUCGUUUAACAGACAAGAGUGACGUUUUCAGCUUUGGUGUACUUCUCGUGGAAUUGCUUACCAGAAAGAAACCACUUGCCUAUCAUUCUGUCGAUGGCGAUAGUCUUGUUCUACAUUUUGCCUCACUGGUUACAGAAGGUGUCCUGGCUGACAUAUUGGAUCCUCAAGUAGUGGAAGAGGAAGAUAGGGAAGUCCAAGAGGUAGCUGCACUGGCAGUAAAAUGUACUAGAUUGAACGGAGAAGACCGACCUACGAUGAGAGAAGUGGAGAUGACGCUCGAAAACCUGCGGAUUAAGAGGAAGCAAGCUACACAUGAAGCAACAUCAAUGAUGUAUGGCGACGACUUGUCAAGUGAAGGAGACACAGAGGAACCAAGUCUGCAGUACACCCUGGAAGAGGAAAUCCUGUUGUCGAAGAGGUAUCCUCGAUGAUGUUGUGUUGUGGCCUCAAGAAGAGAAAUCUUUUGCGUAGUCCCCAUUUUGCUUGAAACUUGCUGUAUAAACUUAGUGUCGAUGCCUCCUCUCUUGCUGGAAAGAAAACAAUGUUUUUGGUUUUUGUUCUGUUGUCAAAAUGAUUUUGGAACUAACACGGUAGCAGCAUUUCAUUGAUUUGGAUUUUGUAUUUUCAUGUGUAAUAAAGAUGGACGCAUAUCUCAGCAA